AUCAUUGUCCUCGAUGUCGAUGCCAUCGCCAAUGGAGAGCCUGACCAUUUGUGAGCAGGAUGAGGAGGAGCAGGAGUUUAGCUUCCGCUAUCCAAGCUAUAUGUUCCCCGAUGUGGACUACGACAAGGACGAUAUACCCCUGCCAUUCAAGGCCACGCCGGACUCGCUCUUUAACCUUUGUGCUGCUGUCGUGGAUGCCCAGGGCCGCACGGAGGUGUUCAAGUGGAGCAUCAAUGACGUGGCCGAUUGGCUGCGCGACUUUGGGUAUCCUGAAUACGAAGAAACCUUCAAAGAGAACUACAUCGAUGGGCACAAGUUGCUCAACCUCGAUGCCAUAUCCUUGGUGGCUCUAAAUGUACGUAACUUUGAGCACAUCCGUCACCUGGGACGUGGCAUUCGAGCCCUCUAUCGGAAGGAGCUCCAGACAGCCACGGAGACAAAGCAGCACAGUGAGGUCUACAAGACCUUUAAGGCACGCACGGGCAGGAGCUACGAAGGAUUGCGCGAAACGGAGCUUCUGGGACGGAUGCACAUGAUCCGCUCUGUCUUCCGGGACGUCAACGAUUGGGAUAUGAUGGAGCUGCAUAUGGCUCGGGCACCGAUUAGACGGUAUCGCGAGGUGCUUGCCAACUCUAGGCGCUACAAUCUCUACGGACCGUCGACGGCACGCAGAGAGCCUAUUAUCAUGGACGAUGUGGAUACCACAUCUUGGUUUGAUUUUGGCGAUUGCUAUUAG